CAUGUUCGGCAACCUUCGUAAACUGACAGUGACAAUAUUCACAUGUGGCAACAACGCACUCUCUUCUUCGGUUUGUAACUAACAAACAUGACUAAAGGUACAUCGAGCUUUGGUAAACGCCGCAAUAAGACGCACACUCUGUGCCGUCGUUGCGGCAGGUCGUCUUACCACAUCCAGAAGUCACAGUGUGCUCAAUGUGGUUACCCAGCGGCUAAAAUGCGCUCAUACAACUGGUCAAUCAAGGCUAAGAGGAGGAAGACCACUGGUACCGGCCGCCUCCGCCACAUCAAGCUUGUAAACAGGCGUUUCCGCAAUGGAUUCCGUGAAGGCGGUAAGCCCACUCCGCGCAAGGCGUAGGUUUUGUUAAUAUAAUUCGUCAAAAAACAAGAAAACAAUAAAAUUAAGUAUAAUUUACUUAAAA